AAACAAACCAGAGUCAAAACAGCCAGAGACGACGCACAACUCGAAGAGCGGACCCACCACCAAAGCGAAGCACAACAAGCAGCGGCAGCGCCCCCACUACUUCAACUCGCUCUAGAUCUACCUCCUCCUCACAUCAGAGCCAUGGCACCGAAGGACGUAGUCGACGUAUACGAAGGGACCGACGUUCCCAUGAGCCAGCAGCUCUCAUCGCCCUCGACGGCACCAAAGAGCUCCACACCAACUGAGGUCACCUCCUCCUCCACUGCUGCACCUACCUCGCCCGAGAGGCGCAGAAAGCGCCAGCGUAGCCCUUCCGUCGCCAGUGACCGUGACUGCGAGGAGUCUCCUAAGAAGAUGAAGAAGCGCCUGCGCUGGUCCACCAUCACCAUUCACGAGUUUGGCGUCGGACUGGGUGGCAGCUCGGUGCCCGGCAAGGGCGGCCCGUCGAUCGGUCUGAGCGAUAAGCCCGAGUUCACGUGGACCACGAAGGUAGGCGAGAUGGCCGAAUGUGUGGAAGGCGUACACCGCUUCACACCUGAGGAGCGCGUGCGAUUGCUGCAGAGCGCCGGUGUGAGCGAGGGCAUGAUCCUGCGGUUCUCGCGGGAAGCCAACAUCAUCAACUCCUCGCGCCGGAGGACACUCGUAGAGGACAUUGCUGAGCGGAAAGAGGCCAAGAAGCAGCGUCGACAGCAGCAGCAACAGUGCAAGGUCGAAUCACCUCGCUCCGCCUGCGUGUCUCCAUUUCUCAACCGUUCGCACAUGAUCCCGGUCAACUACGUGUAAGCGAGCAACCCCCCAUGUAACCAAGCAAGUCACCAGCGCACUGUGACCAGAGAAAACUAUGCCACGGAUGCACUCCUGGGAUUUUUGCAUAUAGCUGCUCAUCGGACAGGCGUCGAUCGAAGAACCGCCUCCCCGCUGUUGCACUGAUCGUAGAGGGGAAUACCGUAAGUUAUUUGAUCUUUAUUAUACGAAGUAGGAUAUCGCUAUCAAUACGAGCUACAUACAUGAAUCACUCUGUCACUUG